CCCAUGACAUCCAUUGCUGACGUCUUACUGAUAGCUCCUUCGAGAUCGCAGCAUAGUUCUGAGUCAGUGGUUUUUCAGAUUGCCUUCAGUCGGUAUAGGGCAUCAGAGAGACAUGGGUCCCACAAAGUGUAGACAUAGAGCCAGAUAUAUAAGGACGGGACGGUAUGGGAAGGCGACAAGUCACCCACGCGAAACAUCCCAGUUACGAUGGAUCCCGAAUACGCCGCGGCAGUGGCCCCCCUCCUCAACGCUCCUCAUCCAACGACUCCACCCUCAGUGGAACAAGUCAGAGCUCACUUUGCCCAUAGCCUCAUCGAACCGAACAAGAGCUUUCAUGAAGGGCGUCUCCCUCCAGCCUCCGCGUACUCUGUUGAGGAUAGGACUGUGAAGGUGGACGGCGGGGAGAUCAUCGUGCGUUGCAUUACUCCCCUAGUGAACGACGAAGGGCAGACGUUUCCCGUGUUUGUGAACAUACACGGCGGAGGUUGGUGUGUGGGCAGCAUUGAGAUAGAUGACUACCAUCUCCGCCGAAUAAGCGUCGAUCUGCAGAUAUCCGUAGUAAAUGUGGAGUAUAGGUUAGCUCCUGAACAUCCGUUCCCGACAGCCGUGAACGACUGCUACGCCGCUCUGAAAUGGACCGUAGAGAACGCACCGUCGCUAAAGGUCGAUCUCAGCAAGGGGUUCCUCGUCGGAGGACAUUCCGCUGGAGGUAACCUCAGUGCUGUCUUGGCGCACGAAACGAAGAAAGACCCCUUCUUUGCCGGAAGGCAGAUCACGGGACAACUUCUCAGGGAACCGGUCGUCGUCCACUUCGACGCCUACCCUCAAAGCCUGAAGGGCGAACUCCGUGCUUCAGUAGAGAACAAGGACAACCCACCUCUAACUGCCGCAAUGAUGCUCGAUCUCUUUCACAUGUACCAGGGCCCUCCUGCGGAUCCACGUUUGUCGCCUUUGCUGUAUCCCUCCCACGAAGGCCUGCCGCCGGCGUAUGUCCAGGUCAUGGGCCUCGAUCCGCUCCGGGACGACGGCAUCGUAUACGAGAAGACCCUCAAGGCGGCCGGCGUCGAGACCAGGAUCGACUUAUAUCCUGGUGUAGGGCACGGAUUCUACUACAACUUCCCGAGCAUCAAGCUCGCGGAGUUGGUCAGACAGGACGUCGUCAAGGGUCUGAAAUGGCUCCUUGGGCGGAGCACGGAAUGACCUACCGGUUGCGAUUAUAACACUCAAACAUAGAUCAUUCCCGUUCAUAUCAUCACGCAUGAAGGCAAGCGGCUGACGACGUAUGCUGCGGUGCUUCACUGUACUCGACGAUAGAAGGGGAACACUACUCGUAACUCGUACACAAACAUUGGCUCAAGAAACUCUCCCAACUCAACUCCUACUCAGCACUCACAAGCCAGAUGUCACGGCCACGAUAAAUGGAGUUGACGACAACAGUCCUUCU